AUGUCGGAGCCAUUUGAGAGCGCCCGGCUCAGCAGUGAUGUGCUUCAGAGGCUGGCAGGAUGGCUCCCCCACCACCCAAACCCUGGAGGCCUGCCUGGAGGGGGAAGGUCGCGGGCCCUCCGGGGAAGGGCAGCUGCCUGGAGCCACAGGUGGAUGGAACCGCCUUGGCCACCUGUGCUGCAGGGCUUUUCUGGAUCGGCAGAAAAGUUGGAGAAGAUUAGGGAUCACGAGCGAAAGGAAGAAACAUUUACCCCUAUGCCUAGCCCUUACUACAUGGAACUUACCAAACUCCUGUUAAAUCAUGCUUCAGACAACAUCCCGAAAGCGGAUGAGAUCCGGACCCUGAUCAAGGAUGUGUGGGAUACUCGCAUCGCCAAACUGCGGGUGUCUGCGGACAGCUUUGUGCGGCAGCAGGAGGCCCAUGCCAAGCUGGAUAACCUGACCUUGAUGGAAAUCAACACCAGCGGGGCUUUCCUCACACAAGCACUCAAUCACAUGUACAAACUCCGUACAAACCUGCAACCUUCGGAGAGCGUCCAGUCGCAAGACUUCUAG